GAGAUAACGACAGAUAGAGAGUUUGUUUUGGGAGUGUCGCUUAAUUAAACUAAAGCUGUAAACUUUCAAAACUCAGUUAUCUUUGGAGAUUCGGGACUGUAGGAAACCAUCUAUGUAAUUGCGUUUGACCAGGGUUAACAUACCGUUACAUUAAAAGUAGUGUUUUCGUUUUCGUUGAGACUUCACCGCAGAAGACACAGCAGCCGCGGAGAUGGAGGGAGGCGUUGAUGUGACCAAGGAGGUGCCGCCGCCACCGUCCUACUCACAGGUUACUGCUCAGGGCAGUGGUGGUGGAAUCUACACAGUACCGAUGGGUCAAGGUGACCUUCCGCCACCCUACAGCCCAGUCCCGACGGCGGGAGAGUCUACAAUCAACUGCCAGGUGUGUCAGGCUGUCAUCAACCUUGAGGGUCAGCGUCACUUGACCGUGGUACAGUGUCCUACGUGCAAGGAGGGUACGCCGGAGACUUAUAACGGUGACCAACGGCAUUCCGAUGUUCUCUCCAGCACCAAUGUAUUGUUGCGUCCACUGUCAUCAGAACUUUGUGUACAGGGGCAGAACACCGUUGGCCCGAUGUCCCUACUGCAGCAGAGUAUCUGCAGUUGGCGGUCAAGGUAGACGCAAGGGUCUUGUCUACUUGGUACUGGGGAUUAUUCUUCUGGCUGUGGCAACA